AAACCGGCUACCUUAAAUUUGGCAUCCAGACUUUGGCUGUUUUGUCUCUGGACGCGGAAACAAAAGCUCCAUCUGGAAACCCCGCCGUGACGAGCCCUCUGACAUCCAUCUCAUGGCCCGGAAUAGAGCAACUCAGUCGAAAAUAGCAUCUUCGGCUCUGUCCUUCUCUGACAAGUGACAAUAAUCAUGGCGACCAGCAGAUUAACGGUGUUCAUAUUUGGAGGCUUCGUAACUGCGGUAGCAGCGGCUUUUUAUCCUAUAUUUUUCCAUCCUCUCAUUCACACAGAUGAUUACAAGCAAAUUCAGAAAAUUAACCGAGCUGGAAUCAAUCAAGCAGAUGUUCAGCCUGUUGGUGUGAAGAUCUGGUCAGAUCCAUUUAAACCGAAAUCAUGAUGUGACUGAAAGGAGACAUGAGAGGAGGUUCAUGAGCAUGUGUUUGGAUGACAUGGAUUAAAGACUCGCAACUGGUUUAGCCAAACACUUCUCCCCUGUGUGUGUGUGUGUGUGUGUGAGAGAGAGAGAGAGAGAGAGAGAGAGAGAGAGAGAGAGAGAGAGAAUGAAAGAAUGAAAGAAUGUGAGUACAAGAGACAGAAACCUGGGUUUAAUGGUUGGGCUUUAAGCUGAAUGGGGGUGUUAGAGCAGGAGAAACACACUGUACAGACUGUCACUACUUUGAUACUUUAUGCUAUGAAUAAAGGUUUUUAAGGAUGGAUACAG